UGGGUUGGGUUGGGCUGGGUGGGGGGGUGGCUUGGCCCAGGUGGCCUUAGGACCCCCCCACCAUGGAAAACCAGCUAUGGCUGGGCACCCUGGGAUGCUGCAAUCAAUACCCAGACAGCCCCCAGGAUGCUGAAGACAUCUUAUUCCUGCUGCUGGGUCUCAUCAUUCUUGUCAACAUCGGCAUCAACGUGACAACUGUGAUGUGGCAUGGGCUCCAGAACGCCUUAGACAAGAUGACCUUUUGGAUGAAUCAGAACACAGAUGAAGUCCAGGCUACCGAAUAUCCCCGGAGAGAGCUCCCAGCCAACGUCCAGGACGUGCACAUCCAUUGUAUCCUGGACCCUGUACAAGUGAAGAUGGCGCAACCCACACACUGCUCCUCUUCCUCCUACCACUACCUCCGUCGGCGCUCUAGCGGCAAGCAUCGCCGCCGCAGGCGCUGCCGCAGCCGCCACCCACCGGGCAGCCACAUCCGCUUCCCACCGGGCCGCUACAGCCACCAGCGGAGGCUCCGAAACAACAGGCCGCUCUCCCGUCGCUGCCUACCCUUCUGCAAGCAACCUCAAAGCCGCAGGACGUCACAGCCCAGGCCGCUGCCCUUUCUUGACCUGGAAGACCGGGAUUCCCUUCCGGAGGAUGACCAGUCCUGCCCGCACUCCAAACGCCCCUCCAGGGGCUGGGGCGGUUUUUAUAAGCCCGUAGGUCUGGCCUCCAAUGUGGGGCUGUGGGGCCGCCAGGGUGGAAUCCUGGCCAGCCUCCCGCAGCCCUCUCUCUACCUGUCCCCGGAGCUGCGCCGCUUGCCCAAGCGGGUAGAGGCCAAGUCGGAGCUGAGGCUGCAGACUUUCGGCCCCCGUUACUCCCAGUCCCGGAUUUGGGGUAACGUGGAAGCUGAGCCGAGGGCCUCAUCCCCGGCACCUGCCCGCUGGCCGCUUCCUAACCCCUCCUGGGUCACUGUGGGCUACAGUCCUUUCUCUUCAGGGGGGCACGUACCCCACGAUGCCCGGGAGCAGCGGCGGCGUGGGGUGGAAGGCUCUGAGCCACCGCCGGCCUUCGUGAGCAGGAACCCCAGGCCAGAGGCCCAGGGCUACCGGGAGCACAGCUCCUCCCAGGCCCACCGGCAGACCCUCCCUAGCUACACUCACAGCCAACCCAACUACAGCCCACCGCAGUCCACAGGACACAUGGGUUACAGCUCCCGGGAGUCCCACGAGAUCCGCAGGCGGACAGCCGACUGGACUGACGUUUUUCCCUCUCGGCGGCACCCUCUGACCACUUCUACCUCCCUCACGGCGUUGGGUGAGACUUCCUACCAAAGGGCCCCAGCUGCCAGCUCCGGCCUGAUGAUCCCCCACUCCUCCCAGGCCUCGCCUGAAGUGCAGGCUUCUGAUCCAACUCCACCUCCAACCACCUUUAUUCCACUCAGUCGGAAUCCAGGUGGCAAUGCCAGCUACCAGGUGUACGACAGCCUGGAGCUGAAGAGGCAGGUGCAGGAGAACAGAGGGCGGGCUAGCUCAUUGCCACCACCUUCGACCUCAGCCUCAAGGCCCUCUCUGCAUAGAAGUCGGACAGGGAAACUUAACUGA